AUGCGCCUCGAGGCACCGAGUCGCAUCCUCUCCCCUCAAGGCGUUUUACCUGGCAGAUGCGUUAUUCCAGAGCAACUUUCCAAAACCUCACCUCACUCCUCUGCAACGUUCCUUCAAUUUAUUUCCACCUGUUAUCCCUGGAAUGAAAACAUGAUUCAGAGACUUGAGUGCAUAGUGUGCCCAGGAUUGACUGCUUUCUCGGGCUUGUCGGCCGUCACCAUGAGGCUGACCUCUAAGACUACGAGGAACGCAUCUGGGAUUCAAGCUGUAGCCAAACACGACCAAGCGCGUCGCGUUUGUUUGACGCUCUUCCACUCCAUGCCGACCUCUGUGCGCAAAAGCAGCGUCGGCAUAGCACGCAGAGGGCCCAUAAAACCCUACUUACCCUACCGAGGCAACGCAGGUGAAGUGGGCAAGAGAACGGGCUUAACAAUCCCACAAGUCGAGCGCAAGUCUGAUGGGUUUGAGCCGUUCGAGGAGGUCUUGAGGCGGAUGGACGAUGUGAUGCCCCUUAUGCCUAAGAGGAAGAAGAGCAUUGUACCCAUUGUUAAUCCGGAGUAUGAUGAAAUGGAUGGGGAGAUGUCGAUGCAGCUUGAUAGUCCUGUUAGUAAUUUGGGUAGCAUGUGUCUGCCAAUCUCGCCGACGACGUUAAAUCGCGUCGGGUCGACGAGCCGUCUGGUGGUGCUUACCGCUAAUGUUGACUUCGACCGGAUCCCGUUCCCGAACCCCCGAUCACAGUCAAAGGCAAAUUACGGUCCUGAUCCAUCGAACCUCUCAAAUUCGACCAGCCGACGCGAAGUAGCACCUGAAUCUGAUUGGCCGUAUGAAGGCGGGGGUUACGACGAUGGUGGACAGAAUAAUGUCGACAUGGACGUGGAUGAUGGGAAUGGCGGCUUUGAUGCAUACUAUGGACCUCAACAGUCAUGUUGA